AUGGAAGUAGAUCUCUCCAACACGGUAAAGUUCAUUUUUGUUUCGGAAAUCAUCAUGGAGUUCCAUGACGGAAGUCUUCAUCGCAUUGUAAAGUUUUGGAUUGCAACCACUAUAACCCUCUUUCUACUAUUGGCGCUCCCCAGCCAGAGGUGGCCACCACUAGAUGCAAUGAUGCCGUCUCCAUGGCGAGCAACAAAACAAAAUAGUGGAAACUCUACCGAGGAUGCCCAGUUCAAUUUCUCAGGUUUGGCUGAGCUUCUGCCCAUGGUGGCCACGGACGACCGGACGGUGAUCAUCACGUCGGUGAACGAGGCCUUCGCGCGGCCGGGCUCCCUUCUGGGCCUCUUCCGUGAGAGCUUCUUCGCCGGCGAGAAGAUCGACCACUUCCUGGACCACCUCCUCAUCGUCGCCAUGGACCCCAUGGCCUACCGCCACUGCCGGACCGUGCACCGGUUCUGCUAUCUCAUCCCUACGACGAAGACGUCCAUGGACCUGAGCUCCGCGAGCGACUUCAUGAGCGACGCGUACGUGGAGCUGGUGUGGACCAAGCUGGAGCUCCAGCAGCGCGUGCUCCAGCUCGGCUACAGCUUCCUGUUCACGGACGUGGACAUCCUGUGGUUCCGGGACCCGUUCCGGCACAUCGGCCUGCACGCGGACAUGGCGACGUCCUGCGACGUGUUCUCCGGCGACGCGGACGACCUCGGCAACUGGCCCAACACGGGGUUCUACUACGUGAAGUCGACGAACCGGACGGUGGAGAUGCUGCGGCGGUGGCGGGCGGCGCGGCGGGGGUUCCCGCAAAACCACGAGCAAACCAUCUUCAACUACAUCAGGCACGAGAUCGCCGGCGCCGGCAGCGACCUGCGCAUACGCGUCCAGUUCCUCGACACGGCGCACUUCAGCGGCUUCUGCCAGCUGUUCCGCAACGACAUGGCGAGGGCGUGCACCAUGCACGCCAACUGCUGCAUCGGCAUGGCGAACAAGAUCAGCGACCUCCGGGACGUGCUGGGGCAGUGGAGGAACUACACGGUGAUGGCGCCGGCGGAGAAGAUGAAGGCCAUGGCCGCCGGGAGGAGCUUCCAGUGGCGCGUCCCGGCCAAGUGCGGGACGCCCGACAAGAGGCCUCAGUAG